UAUAGCCGAGAGUGAUGAAUACGAAGUGUUCGCGAGAAACCUGUUGAUGCGUCUCCUUAGGAAACUCGAUUUGCAUCUGAACUGGAAUCUCUCGAGCAGGCUAUCGAAGCUACAAAGAGAAAGUGGUCAAAUGCUGGUGAUGAGUGCAGGACUAGCUCUGGUAAGGUGUGCUCUAGUGUUGGUGGAAGGUGUUGCAAGUCCUCUUCCACAAGUAUGGCCGAAUGCAAGAAGGAUACUGGAUGUUGUCUCACCGAUGCCUACCCCAGAACCUACAGGGCAUGUGCCCCAUGAGUCUAUUGAAGUUUAUUUUUUCGUUAAACAUUUAGAAAUUGAAAAAUACAAGCAUAACGUGACUAAUAAGUAACACUGGACUUAAAUGUUAAAUCUCAAUAAGAUCCUGUAUAAAAGUUGAACAUAUAAAACUAAUGACUUUUGACGAGUUUAAUUUUGUAACAUUGAGUUUUAUGUCUAAUCAAGAUCGUUUAAAGUAGAACGUAUACUGUACAGCCCUAAUCCUAGAAUACAUUCUUCCAGAAAUUGAAAUAAUAUAACUUCAUACUAAUAGGUAAAACGAAUAUUUAACAUUGAAUUUCCAUGUUCAAUUCCAUUAAAUAAUUUUCUAACAAUUACUGUUACUCUAUACUACCAACAAACCACAACCCACCCUUGACCAUUUAAGGCCUAAGAUC